UUUUCUGGCUCACAUGCUAACCCUUCCCAUUUUGGACCCUCUGCCUUUCUCUGACUUUUCAUGUCCAAUCUUCAUAAUUUUUCUUAUCUUUCUCUUCUAUUCAGUUCAUCAAAGUAAAAAAAAUAAAAAUAAAAUAACAUUUAAUAAAGAUUGAAAAUUCUUCUUCUCUUCUUAAUGGUCUGUCUCUCUAUCAAUUUCUCAUACACCACUUAAAGUUUCAGUCUUUAUGAAAAAAGGUGUUAUCUUUGAAUUGGGUUUAUCUCUAAUUUGAUACUAAAUAUAAAAAAAAAAUAUAUCUUUUUUUCAUUUUGAUUCCCACUUUUUGGAUUCUUUUUCUCAAUAUUGGAUUUGGGAUUUUUUUUUGGUGGGGUUUUUAUUCGUUUCUUGAUUCUCUUUUGAAAUACCGUUUCUCUUCUCUUUUUGUUUAUGAAUAAAGUUUUCUUUUUUAAUAUUUAAGAGAUUUGGUUUUCAAAUAACCACAUGCAUGUUCUUGUGGUUUGUCUGAUCUGGAUUGGAUCACAAGGGUUGGGUCCUUAGUGUUCCUUUUUUUUUUUUUUUUUUUUUACUUCCUGAGGUAAUGGAAGGACAAAUAGAGAGAGAAAGAUAGUUUCUUUUUUUGGGGGUGGUGGGGUUGAGUGUCUGAGUUCUAAAUCUUGGUCUUAAAGAAGAAGAAGAAGAAGAAAGAAGAAGAAGAAAGGGGAGGAAGAGAAUAAGAGAAAGGCUACAUUUCUCUUGAGGAAUAGGAAUGGCUGGUAUUGAUGUAUCAAAAUAUGCUCAUAGUCCUGUUCAUAAGGCCAUAGCCAUGAGAGACUAUGCCAGUCUUAGGAAGAUAUUGGCUAGUCUACCGCGCCUUUGUGACCCUGCUGAGGUUCGAAAUGAGGCCAUUUCUUUAGCUGAGGAAGAAAAGGCUGAGGCUAUUUCGGCUGCCAUUGAUCGCCGCGAUGUGCCAAAUCGCGACACGCCUCUUCACUUGGCGGUUAAGCUUGGGGAUCAGACUUGUACCGAAAUGCUCAUGGUUGCCGGUGCAGAUUGGAGCUUGCAGAAUGAGAGUGGUUGGAGUGCAUUACAGGAAGCUAUUUGUAAUAGGGAAGAAGCUAUUGCAAUGUGUAUAGUUAGGCAUUACCAGCCUUUAGCUUGGGCGAAAUGGUGUAGAAGGUUGCCUAGAUUGGUUGGAGCUAUGAGAAGGAUGAGAGAUUUUUAUAUGGAAAUUACAUUUCAUUUUGAGAGUUCAGUGAUCCCUUUCAUUUCUAGGAUUGCCCCUUCAGAUACUUAUAAGAUUUGGAAAAGGGGUGCAAAUUUGAGAGCAGAUAUGACAUUGGCUGGUUUUGAUGGAUUUAGGAUUCAACGUUCUGAUCAGAGUAUUGUUUUCCUUGGUGAUGGUUCUGAAGAUGGUAAGGUCCCUCCCGGAUCACUAUGUAUGAUCUCACACAAGGAUAAGGAGGUUAUGAAUGCUUUGGAUGGUGCUGGUUCACCAGCAACCGAAGAAGAGGUUCGUCAAGAAGUUGUUGCUAUGUCACAAACUAACAUUUUCAGGCCCGGGAUUGAUGUAACUCAGGCAGUUCUAUUGCCUCAAUUGACAUGGAGACGACAAGAGAAAACGGAGAUGGUUGGAGCAUGGAAGGCGAAAGUGUAUGAUAUGCAUAAUGUAGUUGUGAGCAUAAAAUCUAGGAGGGUACCGGGGGCAAUGACCGAUGAUGAAUUUUUCGCAACUUGCAAUGAUAAUGAACCAGAUAGUGAAGAGAUUGAUGAUAUCUUGACUGAGGAUGAGAAGAGACAGCUUGAAGUUGCACUUAAGUUGGAUUCAUCAGAAUUGCCUGUUGAGAAUGGCGAUGGGAUUGUUGGGCAUCGCCAUAGCUCUUACGAGCAAAGGGAUAUUCAUAUAGAAGAUGUCAAUGUUUGUAGAAAUGUAGAGAUUAAACAAGAAAAGAAAGGAUGGUUUGGUGGAUGGAGGAAAAAGGAGACUAAAAUUGAAACCCCGAAGAAAAUCGCUCCUCCAAGAAAUUCUCUUUGUGUAGAGGAGAAAGUGAGUGAUUUGCUUGGUGAUUCCCCAUCAAGAAAUCAGAUUAAGCCAGGAAGACAUUCUAUGGAGAUUCAUAUGAGAGGGGAUGAGCUUCGACGAGUGAGGGAUAAUACCAAAGCUUCGUCGUCUUCCACAAGCUCUUCUGAGAACAGAAAUCGCCACAAGGAUGUAGGUCGAGAGAACGAAUAUAAGAAAGGAUUGAGGCCUAUUCUAUGGCUUUCUCCAAACUUUCCACUUCAAACAGAGGAGCUAUUGCCAUUGCUUGAUAUUCUAGCCGAUAAGGUUAAGGCAAUUCGUCGAUUGAGGGAGCUUCUAACAACCAAACUGCCUUUGGGAACCUUCCCUGUCAAGGUUGCCAUUCCCGUUGUUCCAACCAUAAGAGUAAUGGUGACAUUCACAAAGUUUGAAGAGUUAGCUCCCGUGGACGAAUUCUCAACACCCCCGUCAAGUCCAUCUGCUGUUGGCCGAGAAAGUCCAGCUGCUGCAGCAUCAUCUCAGCCUUCGAGUUCAUCGUGGUUUCAAUGGAUUAAAGCUCCCUUACACCGUUCUGCAUCAUCCAACGCUAUGUCGAGCAGUAGGAUAGAAACUAUCCAAGACCCUUUUGCGAUUCCAUCGGAGUACAGUUGGGUUACAGCCGAAGCGAAAAAGAAGAAAAUGCAGGAGAGGAGCAAGUCAAAGAAAGCAAAAAGUCAAAACCAAUGAUUGGGAGUGAAGGCCUAAAAAAUGUGUAAUAGGGAAAUUGAAAAAUUGAAAAUUUAUGUAGUAAAUCAUUGUGGGGUUGGAUGAAAAAGAAAGAAAAAAGAAAAAGAAAAAGAAAAAUUGAUAUGAUGAUUCUUGCAAUGUGUAUACAGUUUGGAAUGAUUUGAAAAGCUCUUGCUUCAUAUACACUUCAUUUAUUUAUUUAAUUCUUAUUAAA